AUGAUUGUGUCUACUGAAUUAGGACGGCAAGUAGCAUCAGAACUGCAAACAAUACCACAGCUGGAAUCAAUAUAUGUUUUCUGUGAUAAUAUAUCAUUUCAUGAAGAAUGGACCAAAACUAUACCGAAAGUAAACGGCGUUUACACUGAUAUUAAACCAAUUUCUCAAGCACUUGAAAUUGACCGAGAACAAUGUGAUCGAGCUAUGAUCUCAAUUAGUUUUAAUGGUCUCGAUCCUCUAUUUAUGUAUACACAAUUGCUAAAGGAAGCACUUUUGGAGAUCGAAGAUGAUGAUAAGAUAGAUAUCAAAGCCUUGGUUGAUUAUUGUCGUGAACAGGAUGAUAUUCCUGAAGAUCAAAUCACACAAGUUGAACGUGAGUACCAUAAUCAUACACCAAUAUGGUGGUAUACAGCUGAAACAUUUAUUGGUCCAAUGCUCAAUCGUGGACUUCGACAAAUGGACGUGGAUAUUAUCCUUAAGAUGGGUUUUUUCAUGCGCCAGUUACAUAAUCAUAUAUCAGAAUUACAUUGCGAACAACAAGACAGCGUGCCAGAAAAAUUUCAAGUGUUUCGUGGACAAGGUUUGUCCAUGGAAGACUUUGAAAAAAUUAAAAAAAACGAGACAGGACUUAUGUCGUUUAAUAAUUUUCUAUCGACAAGUCGGAAUCACAAGACUUCAUUAGAAAACUUUGCACGCCCAGCAACAAAGAAUCUUAAUUCAGUCGGCAUCCUAUUUAUUAUGAACAUUGAUACGAAUAUUUGCGCGAAAUCAUCAACAUCAUUUGCAGAAGUAAGUCAAGUUGGCUACCACCAAAAACAAGAGGAAGAAAUACUGUUUACAACACAUACAAUUUUUCGGAUCGAUCAUAUUGAACGACUAGAAGACGAAAAUACCGAUCGCUUAUGGCAAGUUAAUCUCACUAUUGUGGAUGAUGACAAUCAUGAACUUAACACACUUACAGCGCAUAUACACGAAGAAUUCAACUCGAAAGCAUCAAGACGAGGAUGGUCACAAGUAGCUUUCAUAUUUCGUAAACUAGGUGAGCCUGCAAAAGCUGAAAAACUCUACAACAUACUACUCCUAAAGGAAACGUCUGAUACGGACCGAGCGGAUUACUAUCAUCAACUUGGCUCGACAUAUUAUGAUAUGGGUGAGUACUCGAAAGCGCUUUUAUCGAACCAACGAGCACUUGAAAUCCGGAAAACAGUUCUUCCUCAGAACCAUUCUGACUUGGCUUCGUCCUACAACAACAUAGGUAUAGUGUAUGAUAACAUGGGCGAGUACUCGAAAGCACUUUUAUCGAAUCAACGAGCACUUGAAAUCCGGAAAAUAAUUCUUCCUCAGAAUCAUCCUGACUUGGCUGCUUCCUGCAUUAACAUCGGUACAGUGUAUGAUAACAUGGGCGAGUACUCAAAAGCACUUUCAUCAUACGAACGCGCACUUGAAAUCCAGAAGAUAGUUCUUCCUUCGAAUCAUCCCGAAUUGGCUGCUUCCUACCUCAAUAUUGGUAUCGUAUAUAGGCACAUGGGCGAAUACUCGAAGGCGCUUUCAUCGUGCGAACAAGCACUUGAAAUUCAGAAAAUAGCUCUCCCUUCAAAUCAUCCCGCCUUGGCUUCUUCCUAUCUCAACAUUGGUAAUGUGUAUGAUGACAUGGGCGAGUACUCGAAAACACUUUCAUCAUACGAACGAGCACUUGAUAUUCGGAAAAUAGCUCUUCCUUUGAAUCAUCCCGACUUGUCUACGUCCUACAACAACAUUGGUAAUGUAUAUCAGAGGAUGGGCGAGUAUUCGAAAGCACUCUCAUUUUACGAACGAGCACUUGAAGUACGGAAAAUAUCUCUCCCUCCGAAUCAUCCCGACUUGGCUACUUCCUACAACAACAUCGGUGCAGUGUAUGAUAACCUGGGUGAGCACUCGAAAGCACUUUCAUUUUACGAACAAGCACUUGAAAUCCAGAAAAUAGCUCUCCCUUCGAAUCAUCCCAACU